UAUUUUUACAUCCGCGCUCAACCUGACCCUCCGUCGAACUAAUCUCUCUCUGUCUCCCAUUGCGCAACAACAUCAACCUUUGCUAUGGCGUCUCCUGAGCCUGCCUCUCCUUCGCCAGAUAGGAGCUUGCCCGAUGCGCCGCCUCUAGCACAGCAGACCACGUACAAGUCUUUCAAGAGAAAAUAUGCGAAGCAAAAGAUCACUUUUGAACAUGCUAUGAAAAAAAGCAAUGCUUUGUUCAAGGAAGAACUGAGGAUUCGUGACCUCUCCAAGCGACUAAAAGAACAGAAUGAUCAACUCCUCGAAGCACUCUUAGAACUCAACAGCAGUAUACGUGUUCCCCCCAAGCUCCGAUAUAACCUUGACCUUCCAGGCUCCAAGUUACCGAGAGUAGGCUCUCCGGAUCCUGAGCACUACCAACAAGAGUCCUAUGAUAUAGAAACUGCUCGCGAGGCACUGCGAGUCGCGAAAGCGAGGUUGUUGGCUGGAGAAAUCAAGCCCGACCAAUGCCGUCGCCUGGAAGAGUCUCUCCUCCAGAGUGAGAACUUCGCUCCCGCGGUGCAUUAUUCUUCGCUACUAAAGGUUCCACAUACGACAUCGAGUCGACCCGCUAUGGAAUGCGAAGUGGAUUCAAAUCUUGGUUUUCUAAGUCCAGAACAUGAAAUUGAAUAUUCCGCAGCGCUUGAUGCCGCUACAUCUGGGGAACCCAGACCAACAGGGAAAUCAGUUUCAGCUGCGAGUAGGGAUAGAGAAGCUGCUGUCCGGAAUCCAGUUUCCGUGAUAAAUUGGUUGAGGAAACAUCAACCGCAAGUCUUUCUGCAAGAUGCCGAUGCAGCAUCCGAAAAGCCUCCUCCCCGUUCUAACAAUCCGCGUAGUUCGAAGCGAGCGAGUACCCACACGCGAAAGGAAGAAGAUGUAUACGACGAAGAUGGUAUAUUGAUUGACACUCCGUUGGGUGGUGGAGGAGGGGGAGGGUCAGGCGGCGGGGCUCGCGGAAAGCGAAAACGAGACGAGGAUGGAGGCUAUCGACCCAAAGGUGGCAGUGGUGGCCGCUCGAGGAAGAAAAAGGAAGAUGCCCCGAAGCGUGCUAAGAGAAGUUCCGCGGCUGGGGCAGCGGCAUAAUGCUGUUCGGUGUGUCCAUUCCGUUAAUAACAGUCCACGCAGUUCUUACGCCCAUCUAUGUCCUUGUUUACAAUUUUUUUUCCUUGUGUAUGUACUAUGUUGCUUUCCCCUGCAAUCAAAAUGCAUUUUAUACCUUCUUUUUCGGGGUCUCUUUCUUUGCAAUCUCGAAUGCCCCAGAAUACUCCUGAUUUAGCUGCAUUUGUCAU